GCUUAGAGAAACAACAAACAUAUAAUCUCCAAGGAUUAACAAUUAAGCACAAGAAAUUAAAAAGAGAGAUAGAGGCAGAGGAGAGAGAAACAGGCAGAAGAAAGAAAGAGUUUUAUAGUGAGAUAAUAAUUAAGGUGAGGAAGCCGCCAUUAAUCAUCCUUCUGUAAUAGGUUUAUCAUUAAAUACAUUUCUUAUUACAGUGAAUCCAAAUUUGUUUGAUGGCGGCUUUUACCAGAAGAAUUCCAUGUUAUGAGUGUUGAAGUCAAUAUUUUUUUUUUAAGAGGGAUAUGCGAAAGAUUCGAGUUUGGAAUCUUCAGGUUCCAGAUUAAUGAUAAUUCUGUUGGAGCAAAAUUUCGAUCGAUGGAGUCCGUAUCCUUCAAUCAAGAGUGAGUCUUAUGUUAUUACCAUUCUUCAUCCCCACUCGUUUGAGUUGUACGAAUUAAUUAGUAAGCUUUACUCCCGACAUAAGCUUGUCUACCGACCAUUGUACCAUUUGGGAACUUGAUUCAUAAGGUUAACUAAUUUCAAGUUGCAUAGGCAUCCAACAAAUCAGUACGAGCUAAAAUAUUAAUAUAUACUUAAUACAAAAUCAAUCGAUAAUUUGAGUAGAUGAUCCUAACAAUAGUUUUCUUUCCCAAACAUAGUUUCUUCUAAUUAUUAGUCCUUAACCAUUCCCUAAACAGCUUAGAAAUGGCCAAAUUAAAAAGAUAACUAAAAGAGGAGUGCCAUGGAAAUGUCCCAAUUGAAGAAAAAUGAUAUAUAGAACAAGAAGACAAAAAAUAGAAAAGAAAAAUACUAAAUCUUUAAAAUAAGUAAUAAAAUUUAAUUUAAUUAAUUGGGUUCAUAAAUAAAAUAGUACACAAGAAUGGAGAUUGAUUUCUAGAGAGAGAAGUUGCAGAAGAGAGAGAGAGAGGAGGAGCAGGCAGUAGCACAUGGCAUGUGAGCAACAACAGCUGUGUCCAUUUUUUCCUUCUCACUUUGAUAAAUACCCUUUCUUUACCUUCCUUGCUUCGUCUUUUGACCUUCUUCUCUCUUCUCCCUCUCCAAUCACUCGCUCUCUCUCACUAAAACCAGAGCUCAGAGCUCUGCCUCUAAUGGCGGUUUCCUAACCCUAGCCCCCCUCUUGUUUAUCCCCUACCGACCAGUACUCCCUCUUUCUCCUCUCGCCGAACCAAGGCCACAAAACCCACAAAAACCCAUCUCCCAGAAAUCCGAUGCAGACCAAGAAGAAACCCCACCAUUUCUCCCUUCUGCCUCUCCUCCUCUCCUUCCUCUCUCUCCACCUCCCACCACCCGCCGCCGCGGCGGCGGCCAGAGACGGCAGGAGUCUAAUCAGCUUCAAAGCCGCCUUACCCAACCCACCGCCUCUCCUCUCCAACUGGCUCCCCAAUCAGGACCCUUGCUCCUUCAAUGGCGUCAAAUGCCAAGGCCUCGCCGCGAACAGAGUCUCCGCCGUGGACCUCAGCUUCUCUCCCCUGAGCGCCGAUUUCCAGACCGUAGCGAAAUUUCUCCUCUCGAUUGACUCCCUCGAGACCCUGACCCUUCAAUCGGCCAACGUCUCGGGGUCCAUAGCGUUUCCUCCCGGAUCUAAGUGCAGCUCUGUUUUGACCAGCUUAGAUCUGUCGACGAAUUCUCUGUCGGGUCCCGUUUCGGAUGUUUCGGGUCUGGCCGCGUGCCCCGGUUUGAAGUCCCUUAAUCUCUCCGGCAACGCUCUGGAUUUCUCGGUGAAGGAGAAGUGGAACGGCGGGUUGAAGAUUGUUGCGGGUUUGGAGUCGCUUGAUCUUUCGUGGAACAAGCUCGUCGGGCAGAACGUCGUGUCGUUUUUGCUCGGCGGCGGUGGUUGCGGCGAGUUGAAGAUGCUGGCGAUGAAGGGGAACAAAGUCGGCGGCGAGGUCGAUGUUUCGGGUUGCAGGAAUCUGGAGUAUCUGGACAUAUCGGCGAACAAUUUCACCGGCGGCGGGCUUCCUUCCCUCGGGGAUUGCUCUGUUUUGGAACACCUCGACAUCUCCGGGAACAAAUUCUCCGGCGAUCUCGCCGCUGCAAUUAAGCCGUGCGUCAAGCUCAGCUACCUCAACGUCUCCACCAACCUGUUCUCUGGUCCAAUCCCGGCGGGAAUCCCGGCGGCGAACCUGAAGUUCAUUUCCCUCGCCGGAAACGAUUUCCACGGCGGGAUUCCUUCGCAGCUCGUCGAUUCGGCUUGUCCAGGUCUUGUUACUCUCGAUCUCUCUACCAAUAAUCUCUCCGGCUCCGUCCCUCCGUCUCUGGCUUCCUGCACUUCACUGGAAAGUCUCGACAUUUCCGUCAACAAUUUCACCGGCGAAAUCCCUCUGUCUGUUCUCUUGAAAAUGAGCCGUUUGAAGAAGAUUGAUUUGUCUUACAACAAUUUCGUCGGUGGGUUAUCCGAUUCUUUCUCCGAAAUGCCCAAUUUGGAGUCUCUAGAUCUUAGCUCGAAUGAAUUAGAGGGUCAAAUCCCGGGUACGCUCUGCUCCAAUAACCCGAAUGGAGGAUUGAAGGAGCUCUAUCUUCAGAAUAAUCAGUUCACCGGCGCAAUUCCUCCGGCAUUGAGUAACUGUUCGCAGCUCACAUCUCUCCAUUUGAGCUUCAACUACCUCACGGGAACAAUCCCUCCCAGCUUGGGCUCGCUCCAUAACCUCAAGGAUUUGAAGCUCUGGUUCAACCAGCUCCAUGGCGAAAUCCCUCUGGAGAUUAUGUCCAUCAAAACUCUCGAGACUCUGAUUCUCGACUUCAACGAGCUCUCAGGUACCAUCCCUGCCAGCAUUAGCAGCUGCACAAAUUUGAACUGGAUUUCCCUGUCAAACAACAAGUUCACGGGCGAAAUCCCGCCGUCGAUCGGCCAGCUAUCCAGCCUCGCCAUUCUCAAGCUAAGCAACAACUCCCUUAUUGGCCGAAUCCCUCCGGAGCUCGGCGACUGCAAGAGCUUGAUAUGGCUGGACCUCAACAGCAAUUACCUCAACGGUACAAUCCCGCCGGAGCUCUUCAAGCAAUCGGGCAACAUUGCAGUCAACUUCAUUACCGGGAAGAGGUACGUCUACUUGAAGAAUGAUCACUCCGAUCACUGUCAUGGGACUGGGAACCUGCUCGAAUUCGCGGGGAUUAGGCCGGAGAAUCUGGACAGAAUCUCCAUUCGCCAUCCUUGCAACUUCACCAGAAUCUAUGGAGGUCACACUCAGCCGACUUUCAAUGAUAACGGGUCGAUGAUCUUCCUCGACCUCUCGUACAAUCUGUUGACGGGUACCAUCCCGAAGGAGAUCGGAACAAUGUCUUAUCUCUACAUUCUGAAUUUGGCUCACAAUAACAUAUCUGGCAACAUCCCUCAGGAGCUCGGUGACUUGAAGGGACUCAACAUUUUGGACCUCUCCAACAAUGAACUCCAAGGUUCGAUACCAAACUCCAUGACUGGGCUUUCCCUGUUAACUGAAAUCGACAUGUCGAGCAAUGAUUUGAAUGGGACGAUCCCCGAAAUGGGCCAGUUCGAGACGUUCCAAGCUCGUAGCUUUAUCAACAACUCGGGUCUCUGUGGUAUCCCUCUCCCACCGUGUGAUCGGAGGCCUGCUGCUGCCACCUCUCUGCAUCAGAAGUCUCACAGGCGACAAGCCUCUUUAGCUGGCAGUGUGGCGAUGGGAUUGCUAUUCGCCUUGUUCUGUAUCUUCGCCGUGGUUCUGAUCUCCAUCGAAGCCAAGAAACGGAGGAGGAAGAAGAAGGAAUCGGCUCUCGAUGUGUUCAUGGAGAAUCAUUCUCAUUCGGGGAACCCCAACACGAGCUGGAAGUUGACCGGAGCACGAGAAGCAUUGAGCAUCAACCUGGCCACGUUCGAGAGACCGCUACGAAGCCUGACAUUUGCUGAUCUUCUGAAGGCUACCAAUGGGUUCCACAACGACAGCCUCAUUGGGUCGGGAGGGUUUGGCGAUGUGUACAAAGCACAGUUGAAAGACGGGAGUGUCGUGGCAAUCAAGAAACUGAUUCACAUAAGUGGUCAGGGUGAUCGCGAGUUCACCGCCGAGAUGGAGACCAUCGGGAAGAUCAAGCACCGGAACCUCGUCCCAUUGCUCGGCUACUGCAAGGUAGGGGAAGAGAGGCUGCUGGUCUACGAGUACAUGAAGUAUGGAAGCUUGGAAGAUGUUCUUCACGACCAGAGGAAAGCGGGGAUAAAGCUCGACUGGAACGCAAGAAGAAAGAUCGCGAUCGGUGCAGCAAGAGGUCUAGCAUUUCUCCACCACAAUUGCAUCCCACACAUCAUCCACAGAGACAUGAAGUCGAGCAACGUGCUGCUCGACGAGAAUCUGGAUGCACGGGUGUCUGAUUUCGGUAUGGCGAGGUUGAUGUCCGCCAUGGACACUCAUCUCAGCGUGAGCACGCUGGCGGGGACACCAGGCUACGUCCCUCCCGAGUACUACCAGAGCUUCCGGUGCUCGGUGAAGGGCGACGUGUACAGUUACGGUGUCGUGCUGCUCGAGCUGCUGACGGGCAGGAGACCGACGGAUUCAGCAGAUUUCGGGGACAACAACCUGGUCGGGUGGGUGAAGCAGCAUGCCAAGUUGAAGAUAAGCGACGUGUUCGAUCCCUUGUUGAUGAAGGAGGAUCCGAGCGUCGAGAUCGAGCUGCUGCAGCACCUGAAGGUGGCGUGUGCUUGCCUCGACGACCGGCAUUGGAGGAGGCCGACGAUGAUCCAGGUGAUGGCGAUGUUCAAGGAAAUCCAGGCGGGUUCGGGAUUGGAUUCGCAGUCGAGCAUCGUGGCCGGGGAGGACGAUGAUGGUGUUGUGGUUGGUGGUGGGUUUGGGGAUAUGGUGGAGAUAAAGGAAGCGCCUGAAGGAGUAGGGAAGCAGUUGCAGGAAUAAUGAAAAAGAGUUCGUGAGAGAGAGAGACAGAGAGAGUCUUUCUCUUCUUCUUCUGCCUCUUGAAAUCAAUUUUCCAGGCGGAUUCUUUUAGAGAUGAAGAAGAAAAGUGGGAAGAAGAAGAAAGGGGGGAGAAGAUGUAAUCUUUUUGUUCUUGAUCAACCAUUUGAAUGUGUAUGUGUAUAUCAAUGUUUAGUAGCUGAGAGGAGCUUGGAGCAGACUAAAAAUCUCUCUUUUCUCCCUCUCAUUGUUUGCCUCCUUUUGGUCUCUUCUGCCAAAUCUCUCUUGUGAUAAAUGUUGUAAAUACACAGUUUUCCAGCUUUAAGAAAUCUCAUGGGACUUUCUUCACUCUCUCUUUGUUCAUCAUCAAUCAUUGUUGGAUCAGACGCUGAACGUUGGACUGUUGCUCAUGGCUGAGAGAGUCUACGAGGACUCAACAUUUUGAUAUGAUGGGAUAUCUAAUGAAAGUUGGAGAAAAAGAGUUAUAGAUUCAUUUGGAAUAGUUCAAAUGCCAAGGAUUGCCAAGAAAUUAGUGGAUCAUUAUCAAUCCCCUAUAGUUUCAUCUUCUCGUUUUGUACAAUCAAGCAACAGUGUUUACAAAACCCAAAUCUUAUCAGAGGUCCAAUCGGAGAACUGUCCAGUGGAGUUCAAGUCGCUGACGAUUUUGACGACAUACAAAACGUCGAAUUAUUAUUUCAACGCAAAAUACUCUACCAUUUGACUUUUCCGAUACAUCCACCGGUACGACUUUACAAUCCUCGCAACCAAGACAGAGGUGAAUGAUGAGGGGCAAUGACAAGAAAACACAUAGUAUACGAACUCAUGUUGGUGUGGCAGAAAAUGAAUCGCAAGAUGAACACAAACACCAAAGGGCCGGCAUGUGGACAUGGGGCCAUGCCCUAGCAAAAAUUAGUGUGUUUCCUACCUCUACUCUUGUACUUAACUCCUAUAGACAACAGUGUUAACAGUACUAAUACGACAUCAUCAAUUACUCCGUUUUCACUCUGAUACAGAGAACAACAUUUUGAUCGAUUGUUUUGGCUCGUAAAGGGUCAUCGAUAUACGUAUAUAUGUUUCAUAUUUAGUUACGGAGUACGAUCCGAACGUUCUCUAUUGGCUAACUACUCAAUAUAGUAGUCUCCUUCCUUCUACGAGACUUGAUAAUUGAGACUUCUCACAUCGAUACAGAUCAUGACAACUUUCUGAUCAACUAUUUAGCUCGUAGAGGGAUCAUCGAUAACACGAGUAUGUAGGUUUACAUUUAGAUUCAGAGUACGGUACAAUCUCUAUAGGCCAAUUACUCAAAAAGUGUGAACAUGGAAGUGAAAGUUUGAAUUUGUAUGCCAUCAAAUAUGUAUAGCUUGACAUCUUUCUUUUUGUUUGCCUUAUAUUGUUCCAUGGUCUUGUUCAUUCUAAGUAUGGACCAUCCAUCUCCACUACCCUAUUCCCAAUCUCAUCAUAACUACAAAGGUACAUCGUAUACUCCAUAGAUAAAAAGAGAGAAAGAAACAUAAAGGAAACAAUACUGUGGAUAUAUGUGGUACCCCAUAUUAAUUGCAUUCAUUUUAAAUAAUAAAAAAAUCAUUUGUUCAAAUUUUAUCAUGGUUAUUGCGGAUGAUUUGUUACCUAAUUAUUGAUUUAUUUAAUUUAUGGAGUAAGUAAUAAAGUGCAAAAGAGCAU